AUGUCUGAACGAUGGAAGCCUCCUAAUGGAUUUAAUGAUCAAAGUGUGGAUGUCUUGAGAAAAUCUAACCAUGAUGGUGAAGCACGAAUGUCUUUUGAUUUCACCAACAUAACCGAGGGGUUACCAUACUGGCCAAUCAUCACCAGAUACAAAACAAUUGGUUCAGUCCUUCUGGAGUAUGUCUUGUUCGGCCUUAAAGAAGAGAGUUUGUGA